AUGAAUGCGUCAAUAAUCUCAAUGGAAAUAACACAAAUGAGAAUGAUUUCCACAACACUACUUGGAAAAAUCCCUGCUAUUUCAAAUGACAGCAAAUACACAAUCAACAACUUUGAGGAUAUUUCUCCUUCAAAAGUAACGAGAUAUGAAUCGGUGACAUCCACAUCAGCUAUGAAAUCUACGACAGCAAAAGCUAACACUGGCCCACUACCAACAAUGAAAGGUGCUUCGAAACGGCUUGAAGACAAACUCUGUUGCCUUUUAGGUUGGUCUCGAACUAGUUCAAUGAAGUCACCUCGUUGCGGUCACACAGCAUCUGUUUUGCAGAACGGAAAAGUGUUGGUAGUUGGUGGUAGAGAUGAUAAUCAUACUUUUGCUAGUGCUGAAUUGUAUGACCCAAUUACAAAAACAUGGACAUGGACAGGCAAUAUGACAAAUGCGCGUUAUCUGCACACGGCAUCUGUAUUGCCGAAUGGAAAAGUGUUGGUUACUGGAGGAGUAAAUAAUGUUGAUGAUUGUAUGAAUACAGUUGAACUCUAUGAUCCAUCAAGUGAAACUUGGUCAGCUAUAGCGUCAAUGAAAGAGAAAAGAGUCAACCAUACGGCCACGCUAAUGAUUGAUGGCAACAUAUUAGUUGUUGGUGGACAUAAUGGAAACAAGGCAAUCAGUACUACUGAAUUGUUUCGUUCAUCGAAGAAUGGUUGGGAAGCUGCUAGGAAAAUGAAUAACAAUCGACGCAUGCAUAGAGCGUCUGGGCUUCUAAAUGGAAACAUAUUAAUCACCGGCGGACAAAGUGUAAGUAAGAUUUUUAACGCAGUUGAACUGUACAAUUCAACCACAAAUAAUUGGGGAAAUACGAAACAGAUGGCUAUGGCACGGAUUCAACAUACUGCAUCUUUGAUGAGUGAUAGUAAUGUAUUGAUUGCUGGUGGUAAUGGCGACAAAGGUGUCGAAAAGAGCGUCGAACUGUUCCUUCCAUCUAAGAAUAGAUGCACAGCUCUUCGUCCAAUGACCAUUGGUAGAUUUACACACACAGCAGUCACAUUAAAAGAUGAUACAGUGCUAGUGGUUGGCGGUCAAAACAGAGAGGGCAUACUAAACCAUACUGAAUUAUACAAUCCGACAGAUAACAAAUGGUCUGAUGCGGGGACUAUGGCCUAUCACCGGAAAGAUCAUACCACUUGUCUUUUACUAGAUGGCACAGUAUUGGUAGCUGGUGGACAGAAUUUCAAUGCAGUUUUAAAUAGUGCUGAACUGUAUGGUUCAUAA